GCAGUGUAGCGUCGGUGGCGACGGAGUGACGACGUCGUCGGGUCGUCGGCCGCGACGCAGUGAGCGGUGAGGUCACGCUGGGUGACGGAGUGGGUUCAGGUCACCAAAGAUCACCGCGGACGACACGGGUGCACUUUGGACCAACGCUGGAUAUGACAGCAUUGCUCUGGAUCCAUGAGCCGGAGCAAAUAUUGGAGGAGCAGACUGCUGUAAUGACCGGCUCUCUCGGAGACGGUUCGACCGGCUGAUCACCGCCUCAUCAGCCGCUCCCCGCCGCCGCCGCCACGCUGGACGCGGCCGCCGGGCCGGUGGCGUGGCCCGUGGCGCCGGCCGCCCUGCUGCCGCCCCGUAUGCUGGACCUGGUGCUGUUCUGCGCCGCCGUCUCCACGGGCUUCUACCUGUUCUACUGGUACCGCCUGGACCUGGUGCGCACUGCCGAAGCGCGGCAGCGGGCCUGUGCGCGCCGCCAGGCCGACGACCUGCGGCGCGCGGCGCGCUUCCGACAGGUGGCUCGCGUCGGCGGCGCGGCGUGCCCCGAGUUCCACUCGAUCCAGGACAGCUUCCACAGCCACGGAGAGCUGAUGCGGGCUAUUCGCCGCAGCGGCCUGCGCCGGCUGCGAGCCGUGCUCGGCGUCGACUUCAGCGCCAGCAACGAGUGGCAGGGUAACCGCAGCUUCGGCCACCAGAGCCUGCACCGGGUGGUGACGCUGAAGCCCUCCAACCCGUACCAGCGGGCCAUCCAGGCGGUGGGCCGCGCGCUCGAGCCGCUCCUCGACGGUGGCGACGUGUUCGCCUACGGGUUCGGUGAUACGACCACGCGCGGCUCGGAGGUGUUCCCGCUGCGGCCGGACGGCCAGCCGUGCCCCGGGUUCCGGGACGCGCUGGCCAGCUACACGGCGGCGGCGAGGGUGCGCUCCCUCUCCGGGCCGACCUCUCUGCGACCCGUCAUUGAGCGCGCAGUGUGGCACGCGCGGCAGGCCGGUGCCGGCGAGCUCACCCUGUUAGUAAUAGUCUCGGACGGCCAGCUGCCGGACGCCGACGACUCGGUGGCCGCCCUGGUGGCCGCCUCUGCCCACCCGCUCUCCAUCGCGUUGGUCGGCGUCGGAGACGGACCCUGGGAUACCAUGGAGGCGCUCGACGACUUCGUGCCGGCGAGGAGGUUCGACAACUUCCAGUUCGUCGACUUUAACCAGGCGUGUCCGCCAGGCGCCGGCGCCGGCCACGAGCUCGUCUUUGCUACGCAUCUUCUCAUGGAAGUACCCGAACAUUUCCGACUGCUGUGUGAACGCGGCUGUAUCCAGCCCCGGGAGCACGCGCCGGCCGCCACCGCUGCCUCGCUGACGGCGGAGUGUUCUCGGCUGGCGGCGGCGUCCUCGGCCGGUCCGGGGGUCUCGGCAGAGGCGCCGCACGGCUGGCCGCGGGUGGUGAGGGUGGAGAGCUCCCCCACCCGGGUGAUCGCCGGGGACCCGACCCCGCGCCUCCGCAGGAAGAUGAUGUCGCUCCGGUAGCGCGCGGAGAGACGCUCGUCGGAGUGCGGCGAGCGGUGUCGAAUAUGAGACGUUCGAGUGUGAGCGGUUUAGUUGGAUGAAUGUGACAAAAUCGUCGACUUAUUGCGUAGUUGAGCAAAAGUGAUGGUGGUCCGUAAAUGAACGUAAGGACACUUAAGAACUGAAAAUGAUUUAGCCAGCCUGUGAACCUCGCAACACUGUAAGAGCGUCGACUCUCGUCAAGCUGUUACUGACUAGGAAAUCAUCCAUGCCGCCAGCGUGCUAUGGACAGGGACGUUUAGCGGUGAAGGACACACGACAUAUCAGAGCUGGCGAUUGCUACCUACUGUCGUCUCGGGCAUUCUGCAUUAGGUACACGCGCCAUGGAGCCCUCAGUCCUGAUCCAUUUGUCAUGCCCAUGCGUGGUGUCAAGUGGUCUGUCGUUGCCUCUCAGCCGCUGCUGUUAUCCUCUCGGUGUACUUAACCUUUCAUUCUUCACGUCGUAGGUGUUUUGAGGGUCUCGGCCUUUGAGGGUGGAGGAGGCUAUCAGCUCCCAUGGAGUGGACGUUUUCAGGGGGCUGCGCAGAGGCUACUGUUAAGCACUCGUAAGGGUUCGAGUGCAAAAAGUUGUCAAGUAGGCUUAGACGGACGUGUCCAUAAAUCUUUAGGAAGACGUCAUAGAACUUCCAAUUAUUUCCGCCGGAAACAAGGUGAUAAUGAAACGGGAGACUGGUAGCGUUCGCUAUUGUAAAAAGCUAAUGAGUUUGUUUCACGACGUUUUGAUACACGAGCUGAGCUAAAUUACAUAAUAAUUCGCCGGAUGACAUUCGCUGAUAUACCUUAUCAGCCCGUAACGAAGGUGGGCUGUUUCCAUCGAACAGAGGAGAUAGACGCUGCCAGUCAUGUCUAGGAGUCUUUCUCACCGAUGCAUUUCACACAGCAAUUUGGGCGAAUUAGUCAUUACAUUAUUCAAUUCUCAACACGCAAAAAAUACCGCAUUAGGCUUCCGCAAGUUGAAAUUCAAAUUAAAACAAGGCAUUUGCGAUAUAGUAUACAGCUUAUCACGUCUAAUGAAUUAAUGAUUGGGGUCUUGAAGAUAAGAAACAUCCAACGGUCCACAUGGUGCGGAUAGAAUAGCGGAAAAUGGGCUGUCAGGCUGUUAUCAGGAAAACACCAAUAUCAGACGUGGCAAAAACAGGCGAUCGCUGUGUACGUGUCUCACGCGUCACGCCACUAUCGUUUAUGUAACGCAUGAGAUGUGAUGGUAGUCCUCUUCACUGAUCGCACGAGCUCGACGCCAACUCUGCUGGCAGUGGGGGGACUGUAGCCAUUCCAGUACCCCGCCUGAACAGCCUCGUCAAAAUCCAACUCAAAUCUUGAGCACAGCGUCCUUUCCCGACGUCUUCAUCCUUCUAUUGGGCUUUGGAGUAUUGCUCUGUGGUCGUGAAGUUGUGAUAUGACUCGUCUGUCCGCUGGAGAGGAGGGAGCUUUCAGUCCCGCUUGCUUAGCGUCACAGCCAGUCGUCGUUACGUUGUUUCGUGUCGUGCAGAGUCUUUCAUUCCGUCCAAUAAAGUGUUAUCGGUGUA